AUGGGAUUGGUUUCUAAAUCAUUAUAUGCUGUAUCGCUUUUGCAACUGUUACAUGCUGGUUUCUCGAGUUACGAGUUUCAUCAAGUAAUGAAAAAACACAAUAGAGUGGGUGCCCAAUUACCACAAGAUAUCAAAUUUGAAGUUUUAUGUGCAAUUAUAAUAUUUACACUAGGUGUCUUUCUGUCGUUUGAAGUUCUACAAUAUUACCCACUUCGCGGUGAAGAAAAGCCACUAGGGCCAAAGCAAUAUCUUUUAGAUAUCAAAUUAAACAAAAGCAGCAAUAUUGACAAUUUAGUAGGUGUUGAUCCAAAUGGUGAAGUAAGUUACACUCCAAGUUUUGUUGACAUCAAAGAGAAAAGAGAGCAAGUCCAAAAAUGGCUAAAUGAGAUCCCAAAGAAAUCUAACUAA